GUUCGAGAGCAUAACUGAAGGUUUGAAAAAGCUGCGUUUCUGUAAAAGUUGUACUUUGGCAUCUUUGCAAGAAUGUUUUCAUCGAUUCUUUUUGUCGGCCUGACCCUUGCUGAGGAGUUCCUAAUUUCACACGCAGUUUAUAACGCAGACAGCAAUAACACUCGCACGACAUUGGUUUUGAAAACGUUGUUUGAGGGAUACGACAAACGGCUGCGACCCAAUUUUGGAGGUCCUCCAUGCAAAGUCAACAUUUCUAUGCAUGUUUUGUCAAUGGUGCCAAUCAGAGAGAUUGAUAUGGAGGCGACAUUUGUGAUGUUUUUUCGUCAGCAUUGGCUCGACCCUCGUUUGGCUUAUGGUCCCUCUCUUGGAAUGCCUAAAAUGAAGCUGAGUGGGAACAUUGUGGACCAGGUGUGGAUUCCAGACACGUAUUUUGUCAACGAUUUGACCCAAAAGACAUCCUGCGCAGAUUUUAUGUUUGAACUCUCACAAGAAGGUGUCAUCACGCAUAGUUGCAGACUCAAACUAAGUUUAUACUGUCCGAUGAAUUUGCGAAAAUUUCCAAUGGAUGAACAAGUCUGUGAAAUGAUCUUUGAAAGUUAUUCUUACUCCACAGAAGAUAUGAUCUUAUCUUGGCUAACUGGUGGUAAAGAUUCGAUCGGUGUGUCAGGGGAACUACAGAUUCCUCAAUACACUCUAAAGAAAAUAGAAAUCUCCAUGAAAAGUCAUGAGUAUAGCACAGGUAAUUUUUCGACCUUGUUAGCUAGAUUCCACCUUCAGAGACAAAUUGGCUAUUACAUUCUUCAACAAUUCAUCCCCACAGUACUUAUUGUAGCUCUGAGCUGGGUUGGUUUCUGGAUCGAUGAACGUUCGGUUCCGGCACGGGUAUCGCUCGGAAUCACAACAGUCCUCUCCAUAACUACGCUAAUGUUCGGUAUUCAGUCGAGCCUGCCGAGAGUUGGUUACGUGAAAGCAAUCGAUGUGUUCAUCUUGGGCAGUUUCCUUUUUGUGUUCGCUGCUUUAUUGGAGUUUGCAGUGAUCUGCUCAUUUGCGAAUGCAUCUUCGUCGAAAAGAGAGAGAAGGCCAAAGGAAAAACAGGUUGCAUCAUAUGAGAAACCAUCUGUGAUUUUUGAGGAAAUGAAUGACGUGGAAAAAAAUUAUCAAGAAAGUGGCACGUUUCGACAAGUUUUUGACACCAAAAGAGACGGGAUUACGGAAAAACAUUAUCGCGACGAAAAUUCGAACUACUCAACGAGCUUCAUCCCAACAUUGGCAAUGUCUACAACACCGUGGUUUUCAAUUAAGAGGCGAACAGGCAAUGCAAGGUUUUCAAACAAUCCAGUCUUUUUUCCUAAACUAAAGCCGUGUAAGAUCGAUAGACACUGCAGGAAACUCUUUCCUUUGGCAUAUGCGCUGUAUCUUUCAAUUUACUUCGCCAUUUACUUUUUCAUGCCAGUUUGAGGUUUGGCUAUACUGUAUAUUAAUCAACUCAACCAAAAACCUGUUGUUUGUUUUCUCCGUGAUAUUUGGACCAUAUCGGGUUGAACCAAUACAAAUGAUACUUUAUCAUCAGUAUUCAUCGGAGUGUACUUAGAUACCCCGCUGACCAAGCGGAUAGCCCGCGGUAGGCACAAAUUAAUCUUAAUACUCCUGUCAGCGGUCAGUUUAUACCGCAGGCUCAUUGUUUUUACAACCCUCACUUUUAUCGUCAACUUUUCUUCGAAUCAAGAUUGAAACAAAGGUAACCAAGAUGGCUGAUAGGCAAGUCGUGCCUCCGAGGAUGUAAAAAGCAAUUGCAUAGCUCUGCAGUCCAUCAUAAAUUAUCCCAGCAAUCAGUGGUCCAAGUGUGCGAGGUACAGACAACAACAAGAAGGACAUUCCUAAGCCGUACGACACUUUGUCCGGACCAAGAAUGUCGCAUACGAUCACAGGAUUGAGGAUCAGAUAAGCUCCGGCAAAUAAUCCAAAUAUGAACGCAUUUAUAGCUAAAAUGGGGUAAGAUUCAGUGAAUGGUACCAUAAAGUUGCUGAAUCCCAUGACUAGGAACGCUAACUGAACGAUGUACACGCGAUUGAAACGUCGGAUAUCCGAUAAGCGCCCGACGAUAACACGACCGAAUGCCGAUCCAACUGUCACGAACGUUAGAAGAAGAGAGGCUCGUGUCUUGUCGAUUCCGAUGUCUUCGGCAAGGCGCACCUUUGAAAAGGAAAAUAAAGAUUGAAUUUAAGUAACUCCUGUAAAAUUCUCAAGUAGUUCAUAAUUGGUGUGAAGAUACAAAGGACGAAGAGUGGUUUUCUUAAAUGGGAGCGAUUGCAAUUCAACGAACUGCAAGUCGAACUCCGCUUAUAAAAAUUUAUGUUGUGUAACAAAACCAAAUGGUUAUAACUACAGACAAAUACAAAUAAGGUUUAAAAUCUCACCAAGUGUACAAAGGGGACCAUGUAUCCAAGCAUGAAGAUGGAAACAACCACGAUCCACAUUAAGAAUGCUUUGUUUUUUAAAAUUCCCCAGUCAAAAAGACGCCUCUUCUUAACAAACGUAGUUAUGACAUCAUUCUGAUGAGGCAAAACUCUACGCUUCGGGCGAUAGACAAGUGAAAAGACUGAGAGGAGAAGAUACGCGCCUGCAAGCACGCGAAACAUAUUUGCCAAUCCAAUGUAAAUAAGCAUCUGUUGCAUGCUGGGACUCAAUACACUUCCGCCGAUAGCACCACCAAGGGCUAUGAGUCCAUUAGCGAAUGCAAGCCUCGCUUUGAAGUACCUAGUGAGUAUCAACAGGUCGGCGAAGUAGACUAAAGAGGCGCCCAGGCCCCAAAGGAAGCUGUAGGUGAGGUACAACAAUGGGAGACUAGUGACAAAGGAGGAUAUAAACAAACCGAUGGAGCAGGCCAGGCAACCC